CGUCGUUAACGCAACAAGUUAUCGCUAAAGAUGUCAGCUGUGGUUUUAACUGGAAUUUUAGCUGACUGAUGUGUAUGUUAAAGCCUUCACAUUCUUGGAACAUUGAGCGAUCCAACGGUCUAGAGUGCAAGGAUGUCUGAUAGUGAGGACAGCGACUUCUCAGACAACCAGAGCGAGCAUAGCAGCGAGGCGGAGGAGGUGGAGGAAAAUGAGGAAGAAGAGGGACAGGGCAGCGUUGCAGGGAGCGACAAAGGAGAGGAGGAGGCGGAGGAGGUAGAGGAGGAUGAGGAAGAGUAUGACGAGGAAGAAGAGGAGGACGAUGAUGACCGACCGCGGAAGAAACCGCGCCACGGGGGCUUCAUCCUGGAUGAAGCCGAUGUGGAUGACGAAUAUGAAGAUGAAGAUCCUUGGGAGGAGGGCGCUGAAGACAUACUGGAGAAAGUUAACGAGGAAGCCGAAGUGUCCAACAUCGACCACGUGGUCCUGGAUGAAGAUCACUCCGGGUCCCGCAGGUUACAGAACCUUUGGAGAGAUUCCAGAGAGGAGGCGCUCGGUGAAUACUACAUGAGAAAAUAUGCAAAAUCAUCUGGUGGAGAGCAUUUCUAUGGUGGAUCGGAGGAACUUUCAGAUGACAUCACCCAGCAACAGCUCCUUCCUGGCGUCAAGGAUCCUAAUUUAUGGACAGUCAAGUGUAAGAUAGGGGAAGAGAGGGCGACGGCCAUUGCCCUGAUGAGGAAGUUCAUCGCCUAUCAGUUCACAGACACACCACUUCAGAUCAAAUCGGUGGUGGCCCCGGAACACGUUAAGGGCUACAUCUAUGUCGAGUCCUACAAGCAGACCCACGUGAAGGCGGCCAUCGAGGGCGUGGGCAACUUGCGCAUGGGCUUCUGGAACCAGCAGAUGGUACCCAUUAAGGAAAUGACUGAUGUCCUCAAGGUAGUCAAAGAGGUCACCAACCUCAAGCCCAAGUCCUGGGUUCGACUGAAGCGAGGCCUGUACAAAGACGAUAUAGCUCAGGUGGACUAUGUCGAACCGAGCCAGAAUACGAUAUCUCUGAAAAUGAUUCCUCGGAUAGACUUGGACCGGAUCAAGGCACGCAUGAGUCUGAAAGACUGGUUUGCCAAGAGGAAGAAGUUCAAGAGACCACCUCAGAGACUGUUUGAUGCUGAGAAAAUCAGGUCGCUCGGAGGGGAGGUCAGCCACGAUGGAGAUUUUAUGAUAUUUGAAGGCAACCGCUACAGCCGAAAAGGGUUCCUCUUCAAGAGCUUCGCCAUGUCCGCUGUGAUCACAGACGGAGUGAAGCCCACGUUGUCCGAGCUGGAGAAGUUUGAGGACCAGCCGGAGGGGAUUGAUCUGGAGGUCGUCACCGAAACCACAGGUAAGGAACGUGAGCACAGUCUACAGGCCGGGGACAACGUGGAGGUGUGCGAGGGGGAGCUGAUCAACCUACAGGGCAAGAUCCUCAGCGUGGACGGCAACAAGAUCACCAUUAUGCCCAGACAUGAGGACUUGAAGGAUCCUCUGGAGUUUCCAGCUCACGAGCUGAGGAAGUAUUUCAAGAUGGGCGAUCACGUGAAGGUGAUCGCCGGGCGGUACGAGGGUGACACCGGGCUCAUAGUGCGCGUGGAGGAGAACUUUGUCAUCCUCUUCUCGGAUCUCACCAUGCACGAGCUGAAGGUCCUGCCCCGUGAUCUCCAGCUCUGCUCAGAGACGGCCUCUGGGGUGGACGCGGGGGGCCAGCACGAGUGGGGGGAACUGGUACAGCUGGACCCCCAGACCGUGGGUGUCAUCGUGAGGCUGGAGAGGGAGACAUUCCAGGUCCUCAACAUGCACGGAAAGGUGCUCACGGUGCGUCACCAGGCCGUCAACAGGCGGAAGGACAACCGGUUUGCCGUGGCUCUGGACUCUGAGCAGAACAACAUCCACGUGAAGGACAUCGUCAAGGUCAUCGACGGGCCCCACUCGGGACGUGAAGGUGAAAUUCGCCACCUGUUUCGAGGCUUCGCCUUCCUGCACUGUAAGAAGCUGGUGGAGAACGGGGGCAUGUUUGUGUGCAAGACGCGCCACUUGGUUCUUGCGGGGGGGUCCAAGCCCCGGGACGUUACCAAUUUCACGGUGGGCGGCUUUGCGCCGAUGAGCCCACGCAUCAGCAGCCCCAUGCACCCAGGGGGCGGUGGUCAACAGCAAAGGGGCGGAGGAGGAGGUGGCAUGGGGCGUGGCCGGGGCAGACGAGACAAUGACCUCAUUGGACAGACUGUCCGUAUUUCCCAAGGACCGUAUAAGGGGUACAUUGGGGUGGUGAAGGACGCCACAGAGUCAACAGCACGAGUGGAGCUGCACUCUACCUGCCAGACCAUCUCUGUAGACCGCCAGCGUCUCACCACUGUGGGCGCUAAGAGGCAUGGCGGAAUGACCUCGACACAUGGGCGGACCCCCAUGUACGGAUCCCAAACCCCUAUGUAUGGGACGGGCUCCAGGACCCCCAUGUACGGCUCACAGACACCCCUUCACGACGGAAGCCGUACCCCGCAUUAUGGCUCACAGACCCCGCUGCAUGAUGGGAGCAGGACGCCAGGUCAGAGCGGAGCCUGGGACCCCAACAACCCGAACACCCCAUCCCGGCCCGAUGAUGAGUAUGAGUUUGGCUACGAUGAUGAGCCGUCCCCGUCGCCGCAGGGCUAUGGGGGCACGCCCAACCCGCAAACGCCCGGGUACCCUGAGGUGCCGUCCCCGCAGGUCAACCCGCAGUACAACCCCCAGACACCAGGCACCCCCGCCAUGUACAAUACGGACCAGUACUCUCCUUAUGCCGCCCCCUCCCCGCAGGGUUCCUACCAGCCCAGCCCGAGCCCACAGAGCUACCACCAGGUGGCGCCCAGUCCGGUGGGCUACCAGAACACGCACUCUCCUGCCAGCUACCACCCAACCCCUUCACCCAUGGCCUACCAGGCCAGUCCGAGCCCCAGCCCGGUAGGAUACAGCCCCAUGACUCCGGGCGCACCCUCUCCUGGCGGUUAUAACCCCCACACCCCUGGAUCAAACAUUGACCAGACCUCCUGCGACUGGGUCACCACUGACAUCCUGGUGCGGGUCAAAGACACCUUCUUGGAUGGACAAGUGAUGAACCAGACAGGGGUGAUCCGCAGCGUUACGGGCGGAAUGUGCUCCGUUUUCCUCCAGGACACAGAGAAAGUGGUCAGCAUCUCCAGCGAACACCUGGAGCCAGUGACACCGACCAAGAACAACAAGGUGAAGGUGAUUCUGGGAGAGGACAGGGAGGCCACCGGUGUUCUGCUCAGCAUCGAUGGGGAGGACGGCAUCGUGAGAAUGGAGCUGGAUGAGCAGCUCAAGAUCCUCAAUCUCCGUUUUCUUGGGAAACUUGAAGUGUGAGCACCCCAACACCCACC